AUGGCUAGUAUUUUGACUGUCGCCUCGUUACUGAUUCUUGCUUCGGGCGUUGCAUACACUUUCAGUCGAUAUCUAUGGCGUAAAGAUGUUCGCCCUCUCCCCCCAGGACCAAAGGGUAUUCCCUUCCUCGGCAAUGUGAAUGAUAUGCCCAAGCCUGGGGUGCUUGAAUGUCAUCACUGGCUGAAGCAUAAAGAUCUCUACGGUCCAAUCAGUUCGGUAACAGCUAUGGGUCAAACUUUCAUCAUCAUAAACGACCCGGACAUUGCCUUUGAACUCUUACGAGAUCGUGCGGCUAUUCAUUCUUCCCGACCUUGUCCGGUAUUCAGCGGAGAUAUGGUAGGCUUCGCAGGCGCAACCGCCAUGAUUCCUUACAACGACACAUGGAAGAUACAUCGCAAAAUCAUCACUCAAGUCGCAAGUAGUAAUAAAUCGAUAGCGGCAUUUGACCGCGCACAGGAAAUUGAGUCUGCCCAUUUUUUGCUCAACGUACUUGACAGUCCAGAGAAACUCUUCAAGCAUCUCCAAAACGAGGCGGGUAGUGUGGUCCUCAGAAUCACGUAUGGGUAUAUCGCCGCUCAUGGGGCAGAUCCGCUCGUCGAAGUAGCUGCUCAGACUAUGCUCGACUUUUCUGUUUCCACUGUUCCGGGGAUGUGGAUGGUCGACUAUUUGCCAUUGCUGAGAUAUGUUCCGGGCUGGCUUCCAGGCACUGGGUUCAAGAAGACAGCAAGACAGAUGGCAAUGCGACUGAAGCAAUGCACCGACCAGCCCUACGAAUGGGUCAAGCAACAGAUGCGAGAGAAGAGGCAUACCACAUCAUUUGUAUCUGAAUUCAUCGAAAAUACUAGUACAGAAACAGAGAUGGAAUUUAUCCACAAAUGGGCUGCAAUGUCCCUUUUCCUAGCCGGAGUUGACACGACUUCUUCGUCACUGAUGAUAUUCUUCUUAGCAAUGAUGGUAUAUCCAGAAGUCCAAAAGAAAGCCUCGGAAGAGAUCGAUCACGUGAUAGGCAAAAGUCGCCUGCCUGUAGCUGCGGACCGCGACAAACUUCCUUACAUCAUGGCCAUGGUGAAAGAGACUCAUCGCUGGCACUUGGUGCUACCACUUGGUUUCCCGCAUUCCAACAUAGAGCAAGAUAUUUACCGGGGUUACCGCAUACCAAAGGGUUCCAUUCUUCUGCCUAACAACUGGCACUUCACGCAUGAUCCAGAAGUUUAUCCGGAUCCCAUGGCCUUCAAGCCAGAGCGCCAUCUCGACACUCCGACUCAUAAAGCCGAGCCAGACCCAAGGAAGUUUAUCUAUGGGUAUGGGCGACGCAUCUGCCCGGGUCGCUAUGUAGCAGACAAUGCCUUGUUCAUCACCAUCGCGCAGUCCCUCGCGGUCUUCGAUAUCACCAAGCCUACCGAAAAUGGAAAGAUAGUUGAACCAAAUGUGGAGUUCAAACCUGGCACUUUCAGUCACCCACUGCCGUAUCGAUGUUCGAUCAAACCCAAAUCGAAAGAACACGAGGACUUGAUACGUGCAGCUGAGCUAGAGCAUCCAUGGGAGGAAAGUGAUGCGACAGGCCUAGAAAGUGUGAAGUGGUGA